GGUUUCCUCGCAUCUCAAUCUCCUCUGUCUUUCUAUCUCGCCCUCUCCUGAGCUCCUCUGAGAGGAAAGCUCAGGCGCUCUCUCCGGGGUUUCUAAUCUCACCCUUUCCUCCUUCAUUCCUUUCUGAUCUGAAAACCCCCAAUUUUGAUCUUCCUAUUUUUUCUCCGAUUCAUUUAUUCAUCUCUAAGUCAACCCUCCCGUCUCCGAUUCACUUACUCUCUCCAUUCCAGUUUCGUUUAUUUGAACAUAAGUUGUUCGUUAUUAUCACCGUCGGUCGCCGAAAGGCACUAUUUUCCGAAUCUUAAUCAGCUUAUUCCAGAUUGUAGUUAUGGCGAUUCGAUUCACCGUCACCUACUCCGGUUACGUUGCCCAAAACCUAGCCGCCCCCGCCACAUCCAAAGUCGGACCGUGCCGGUUAUUUCACGAAUGUUUUAUCAAAUCUCGUCUCUUCCAGCCGAACCCUAAGCCGGAAACAAAUUAUUCGGCAGAGUUUCGGCGGCCGAAGGCCAAACCAAGUUGCUGGCCAAGUAAUUCAUCGUCGUCGAUGUAUUCGACUAUCGCCGGUGAAUUUUUGGGCGAGAAUUUUAAGACCCCUCUGGCUGCUGGCUUGAUUUCGUUGAUGAAGUCGUCGGCUGGGGUUUCGGGGGUUUCUUCUAUGGGGAUGAUUAAUGGGAUAUCGUCUUUUAAUGUUUCAUCCCUUGUUCAGUUCUUGCCUGGUUCGAAGUGGUUGCCGUGUAACGAACCUAGUAUCGGAUCGGGAAAUUCUGAGGUGGAUAGGGGUGGAACACUGUGUAGUGAAGUUGAUGACAGUUGUAGUUCGGAGGAAAUGUCGAGGGACUUUAACUUGUCGAGGAGUAAUUGGCUAUCGAAAUUGUUGAAUUUCUGUUCAGACGAUGCCAAAGCCGUGUUCACAGCUUUGAGUGUCAGCAUUCUCUUCCGGUCAUCCUUGGCAGAGCCGAGGUCGAUUCCGUCCUCUUCCAUGUAUCCAACUCUGGAUGUGGGCGAUCGCAUUAUGGCAGAGAAGGUAUCGUAUGUAUUCAGGAAGCCUGAAGUUUCAGAUAUAGUGAUAUUUAAGGCGCCUCCAAUCCUCCAGGGAAUUGGCUAUAGUUCAGGUGAUGAAUUUAUAAAAAGAGUUGUAGCGAAGGCUGGGGACUAUGUUGAGGUUCAUGAUGGGAAAUUGUUUGUGAAUGGUGUUGUUCAAGAUGAGGAGUUCAUUUUAGAGCCACUUGCGUAUGAAAUGGAUGCAGUGUUUGUUCCUGAAGGCUAUGUGUUUGUGAUGGGGGACAACCGGAACAACAGCUUCGACUCCCAUAAUUGGGGUCCGCUUCCUAUCAAAAGCAUUGUUGGUAGAUCAGUCUUUCGACUAGAGCGACCAUUUGAUGGUGUAAUUGAGACAUGUAAAAAGCUUUUAUCCUCCAUUGGCCAUGUGGAGCAGAGUUUUAUGGAGGGUGGAAACGUUAUUAUGACCAAAAGUAGUCAGGCUGGGAGCUCAUGGAAUGACGAGCUCUGGACUAUCACAAAGCCGGAUCUUCUCAACUAUUCAUGCAUUUGCCUAUGUUCUCAAUUGAUGCAAGCUGCUUUGAUUUGA